AUUCCUCUUCUGUGUCCUUGAACUUUUUGCUGAAAUUACUGCCCACACCAAGGCUUGAUUCCAGAAUUAAAUUUAUAUUUAAAAAGAGAAAAUAACAAAAUCCCACCUCUAGCACCUCUCCAUAAUUAGCUUUUUACAGCAGAACGUAAUUUUGGAGUUUCUUAAUGUCUAAGCAUGGAAUUUUCUUAAAGUCCUAGUGUCGAAGAUAAAUCAAAAACUUCCUGUGUGGGUUGAAAACUUGAAACUUGAGCCAAGAGUGCCUGAGCAUUUCUUUUCACUUCGAUGGGGGUACUAACCUUGAAAAAUAAAGAGUAAAUUAAAUAGCACUUUAGUGGAAAGUACUUUGUUUAUACAUUUGUCCCAAGAAAUCCAAGGGCAUCUUCCACACUCUGCUACUGACUACUUAUAAAUAACCAAUUUUAUCAAUAGAAAAUUCAUAUUAAUGUUGUGCUUAAAUUAAUUCCUCCUGCCCCUCUCCUUGUCCCAUAUACCACAACUUACUUGAAGCCUUUCCAAAGAUACGUCUGUGCCACCAGGAUGCUACAGUUCAGGUACAGCCCCUCCUACUCUCAGAUCUAAGUUGCUGCUGAGUUAAAGGGUUUGUACGUAGCAGUGCUGGCGAGUGAGGCUGAUGCUGGUGGUGGUCAUGCCAUACAUCACGUGAAAGCGUUUCACGUGCAAACAACAUGUUGUGGGUUGCUGGAGGCUACGCUGCUAUUGAGCUGCAGUCGUUUGUUUGAAGUGCUCCUUAUAAAAGCCAGAAAUAGUUUGGAGAAGAUGAAGUUUUAAUGGGGUUUGGAGGUGGGGGUUUGGGUUUUUAGUAGAAUGGUGUUCUACAUACUCCACGUAUAAGACAUUUCAGACUUUGAAAAACAUGUGGCACGUUUCAUAGUGAAAUGUUCAGCUCUAAUCCACAGUUUAUAUUUGGACAACAAGAAAAGUGAAUAAAUGUCCACACUACCAGUUUGACUCUAAGUUUUGCAGUAAUUAUUGUUUCUAAUAUUUGACACCCUUAAAAUGUGAAAUAUUUCUAUUUGUGCCUACCAUACCAUUUCGUUUCUCCAGACCUUGUUAUUGGCUCCCACGUUUGGUGUGUUUGUAAGGGCUUUGGAGCAGGCACUGCUUUAUUCUGAGCUUCUCUGAUCCAAGGCUCCUGCCAUGCUGCAAGUACUAACUGUGAGAGCAGAGGACCUUUUAGAAAGCUGGGCCCUUUGGCUAGCCGGCCUCACUUGGGCAGGAAACCCCAGGAGAAAGAGUUGGUGGCCUUGCCCUGCUUAGGCAGAUGAACAAGUGCAUCUGCUGAAGGUGACUCUCUUUGCUUGGGCAUCAUUAUCUUCUGGAAAUAAAUACCCAAACCCAGCAAACACCUGUUGUGGGCAAAACACAGUCAGGAGGUGGAUGUAUCUUUCACGAUUAUCUUCAAAAGUCCUUUAUCUAUACAGCUUUUCUGACCUGUAAGGGAAAAACGUCUUCACUUGUGGAAACCAUGGUGUUGAGAUGGGUUCCUUUCUCUUUCCCCACAGGAUUUCAUGCCAGCACAGAUUUGUACCUGAUGAUAGAUUGUGGACUCACAGUUACUUUCUGGUCCAGUGAAUACUGGAAACUCAUUAAUGCCAAGCGCAACUUGUUUGUUCUCUCACCUAUUCUUUUCUCUGAGAUGGAGCUUGUCCAUGCUCUUUCCAAUGUGUUGCUAGCUUGGCAUCCCAUAUUCCACUUCAGUCUGGAGGUCUGUAGUAGUGCAAGUAGCUCAUUUUACAUGGAUGGUAUGUAUCUCUCACUGGAUGCUGUAUUUCAGAUGCUCUGUAAGAUUUCUUGUAUGAUUAUAAUUUUAAAAAAAUAUUUAAACAAGAAACAGUUGAAAAACACUGCUCAUACUCCAUUAUUUCUUAUUUCAAAUUAUUCUGUGGGGUUUUUUUGUGGUUUUGGGGGGUUUUUUGUUUGUUUGUUUUUGUUUUUUUCCAAGUGUCUACUCUGAAAGUAAGAAAUUAACCAACAGUGUAACUAUAACCAAUAAGUUCAUGAGUUGGCAAUUUUAGCCUAUAAUGGAGAAUAAUUGCAUUUUUCUUCAUUUUGCACUACUGUGUCUUAUCUCUUGUCUGCUAAAAUCUGCACCCUUAAUAUUAACUGUUUACACACUGCUGUGUCUUUUGCCAACCACCUUCCAUCAUUCCAAGGGACUGGGUGUUCUUCACAAUGAAACUGGGAUGGCUGGGCUGGGAGAGAGCUGUGAUUGUCAUCAGUACUCUGCUGAGUUGGGUAGUGGGGAACCAAAACCUGAGAGCAGACCGUGACAUACGCCAUCCCUGUGGGUAGGAUGCAGUGCACUGACACCAAGGGUUCUGGGAGCCAACCUGCAUGUAAGUCUCACAAUUUUAUUUCAUCACUAAAUAGAGCUUAAUGCUUUAUCACAAACGACCUCUCUAAAAUACAGCUGUAAAGGCGAAGUUUAGUCCUCAUGCUGUGGUCUUCCUUAGUAGCAACGAAUAAAAAUGGAAAACAUCUGAACCAGAUAAAAAGAAUACACUAGUUAGAUCUGGCAUUGCCAACACGGCUAUUUCUAAGGCCCAUGUUCAGUUUGAUGUUCAGAAUAUUAGGGCUAUACUGUCAUUUGAACCCCUUUAUCUAUGUUUGUAUGAAAUAGAAAAUUGAAGUCGUCUGUCCCAUGUGUUCAUCCCGCAAAGACUUUGAAGCUCUUCUGUUAACUGUUUGAGGUUCAGAAACAGAAGGAAGACUUCCAGAUAAUAUAAACAGCUCCAAGGAGAAAAUGUCUUUAAUUCAUGACUAAACAAGCAAACGUAUAUUUUCUGUUUCAAAAAGAUGACUGAACUUCUUAAUGCCAGGAAAAAUAAAUCCAUCUGAUUUUGCUUUAAGCUGUCCUCUUUUUCAAAUGCAGUGAGGGGCUCCAGUUCCUUUGGAUGAUGUAAUUCGACUGUUCUGCUUGAAUUCUGCUCCCUGUUGAUGUCAUGUUGCCGCCAGCCAACUAUUCAAAGAGAAAAGCAACUUUUAGUUUAGACUAGAGCAUGGGGAGGCUGAGGUUUAUAACAACCCAGCAUCCCGGGAUGCCAGUUUGGAUCCUCCCAGGCAGAGCUCAGCUUUAAGAGGAGCUGGGGCUGCAUCUUCUGUGGACCCCCCUGCCCAAACCCCAGGGCAGCUGGUGACAGCGGCGCUGGGAAGGCAGAGGGGAAUCCCACAUCAGGGUCCUUCCUGGUGAGAAACAAGAAAAUGCUGCUGCCAUCAUAGAAAACCACUCCAGACUGAAAACAAGGCAAGGGGAGCGUGCUCUUUGGGCCCUUCUCCUUCUUCCUGAGGUUGGUGCCAAGGCUCCUCUUCCCUGCAAAGGCAGCAAAAGAGGGCCCAUCAUUAGCCUGGAGGGGUGAUUUAUUUUUUUUUUUCUGAUCCCUCCAGGAAACUGCACACAAAUAUUGUUAUGUUCUUCCUCUUACCUUGUUAGGAUAUAAAUAACUGAGCAAAUGGCUUUAUUUAUCAGUGUCACAUAGAUGUCCACCAUUUUAACCUUGAGCUGUAUAUAGAUAAUAUAAAUGGAGACAGAUAUUUGGGAGUUACUGAAAUUUUAUGCCAGAUCUUCGAUUGCCUUAUAUCGUCAUAAAAAGCAAAGCCAGUGUUUAGCACAUUUAAUCAUUUAGAUAAUAAUUAACUUGCAAUAGGGAGAAAUGCAUGCAUCCAGGGCCAAUUCACCUGCUGGUCCUCUACCUUCUCUUUGAUAGGAGCAAAGACAUUUUCUCAACACGCACAAUCUAGCCACCCUGUACAGAUUUAAGCCAACAGCCUCUAAUCCUGCCUUUAAGAAAAUGUAGGUAUAACUAAAAGCAAGACAGAAAAGAGAAGAGUGGACUAACCACAGGCAAUGAGCUUAUAGAAGAGAUGUAAACGGUUGCUGAAUUUAUAUCCCUUUCCUCCUGUCAUCCUAUUCCCAUUUAAUUAUCAUUGAGAAUUACAUUGUAUUAGUUGGCUGGUGAACACAAGUCCAGGAAUUUAGGUGGAAUAUUUUGAGUAAUAUUUAUUCUUUUUUUUUUUUUUCUUUUUUACCUGUCUUACAUGACAUCAUGUAUGAUAUUUCUCUAGGGUAUGUCUGAAGAUACAGACUUUUUUGAUCAAGUUUUAUCUGUACUGAGUUUUGGGGGUUGUUCAUUUUUUCUCACGUUUCCUCCCAUCGCUUUUGGAUGCUAACUACACUUGCCAGAGGGAAAAGACUGCUAUUCCCUUACCUCAUCUCUGAGUGAGGUAUCUUCACUUACAGCUUCUGAUUUUAGAUGGCUGCCUGUUUUCUAGCAGUGAUUCCCAGCUGCGACCCUCUGGUUCCCAGCAAUCAUGCUGGGUCAAUGUGUUCUGUGCUUGUGUGACCUUGUAAAGUGACAGAAAGGACUCAUGGCUAUAUAAGUUACCAGAAUUAUUUUUCCUUUUGUUAUUAACGAGAAGUCCAUCAAUAGUAAACUUCAGAAGCGGCUGUCACUGCCAGCUUGAUCCCAGUUUGCCCUGCCAGCAGCAGGUAUCUCUGCACAUGAGCUUCCUCAAAGCAAUGACUGGCAAAUUCCUAACACUUAAGAAUUUCUCAUUUGCUCUAUCUCAAUUUAACCACUUAAGAAUUGCCCUGAUCUUUGUACCCUUUGCUGUGCUUUCAUUUUCAGACUCCAUUGUUAGGUUCAAUUUCUCAGGUAAGAAUUCCUUUAGAAGAGCAGCCUGUCAUCAACCAGAGCCUUUAGUGCAAUUGUGAAAUAUGUUCUUUACCACAGCAUCAGCAUGGUGGAUGACUAUUUUCACUGCUUUAUAGCAAUUUUGGUGCCAUUCAUACGUUAUUUUUGAGUGUAACAAUUGGACUAGGCCUGUGAUAACCUUUACUCAUUGUGUUCUGAUGGGUUAUUUCCUUCAGAUCAGAUGAAAGGUUGAUAGGUAGAUCAUAAAUACUUGGUCUCUGUUCCUGAAUUCAAAGGUCGCUUUGCAUGAAAACACCAAGCCAAACGUAGGAAUAGGAGUGGAUCUACAACUGGAAAUCAUUCUCCAGAAUGACCAACUGCUGAACAUCAGAAAGGAGUUCCUCCAAACCUGAUGGGUUGACAGCAGCAGACACCUCUCUACUCUUCCACCUUUACAACAGGUUUCUUGGUUUCACAGCUAGGCUGAUAUCCAGGUGACCAUGGGUACCGAAUAUGAAAAAGAUCAUAUCAAAAAGCUGCAGGAGCAGCGUAUGUCCAUGCAAAAGAAAACCUUCACCAACUGGAUGAAUAAUGUCUUCUUCAGGAAUAAUGUAAAGGUUGAGAUACAAGAUAUUUACACAGACUUGAAGGAUGGCAUCUCUCUUAUGCAACUCCUGGAGCUGCUCUCUGGAGAGACUUUGCCCAAACCAAACCGGGGAAAGAUGAGAGUGCAUUUUCUAGAGAACAACAGCAAAGCCAUCACAUUUCUGAAAUCCAAGCAGGUACAAGUAAAAGUGAUUGGUCCUGAGAAUAUCGUAGAUGGUGACAGAACCUUAAUCCUGGGACUUAUUUGGAUCAUUAUACUUCGAUUUCAGAUUUCGUCUAUCAAACUUGAUAAGGAAGAAUUUGGAGGCAGAGCUGAUGUUCUAUUUGCCAAUGAAGCCUUACUACUCUGGUGUCAGCAUAAAACUGCCAGCUAUUCCAAUGUGAAUGUGAAGGACUUCUCCAAAAGCUGGACUGAUGGACUGGCCUUCAACGCACUCAUACAUGCUCACAGGCCUGAUCUUAUUCACUACAGCUCACUGCGGCAGGACCAGCCCAUCAAAAACCUGAACAAUGCCUUUGAUGUUGCUGAGAAAGAACUAGGAAUCAGCAAACUGCUUGAUGCUGAGGAUGUGGCAGUACCCUACCCAGAUGAGAGAUCCAUCAUGACUUAUGUGUCACUCUAUUACCACUACUUCUCCAGACUGAAACAAGGCCAGACAAUACAAAAGCGACUUAACAAAAUCGUGUUCUUCCUGAAGGAGAUAGAUGAUUUGAAGCUUCUAUAUGAGCAGAUGGUCUCUGACCUCCUGAAAUGGAUUAAACAGAAGGUGAUAGAACUGGAUGACCGUCAUUUCCCAAACAAUCUUCAGGAAAUGUGGCUGCUCAUGGCCAACUUCAAGACCUUCCGGACUGUGGAGAAACCCCCCAAAUAUCAAGAGAAGGGCAUGAUUGAAGCUCAUCUCUUUAACAUUAGGACCAAGCAGAGAGCCAACAACCAAUGGCCAUACUUGCCCCCAGAGGGAAGGACACUGCAGGAUGUGGAAAAGCAGUGGAUAAUCCUGGAAAAGUCGGAGCACAAUCGAGGGAAAGCCCUGCAGAAGGAGAUGCUGAGGCUAGAAAGGCUGGAACAGCUAGCUCAGAGGUUCCUGAAGAAGGCAGCCCUGCGUGAGUCCUACUUGGAAGACAUGAGGAAAGUGAUUGGGAAGCAGGACUUCUGGCCAGAGAGUGCAGACAGGAUGGAGGCUGCCAGUAAGAAGCUGGAAGCCAUUGUGGCAGAUGUACUGCCCAGGAAGGAACGCUUCACAGCUUUGGAUGAAAUGGCCACAGUCAUCAGACAGGAGAACUAUCAUGGCAAAGAUCAAAUUGUGAAGAAGCAAAACAGCAUUUCAAAGCAAUGGCAGGAUCUUCUGGAUCAGCUGCAGAAACGACAACAUUCCCUGGGUACAAUGCAGGAAAUUCUGGGCCUCCUGAGGGAUAUUGAUGCCAUUACAGAGGAGCUGAAAGAGCUGCAGGUGCUAGUCAAUUCCCAGGAUUGCGGGAAGCAGCUCCUGGAAGUAGUAGAUUUGCUGCAGAAGCACAACCUGGUUGACUCACAGAUCUCUUCCUAUGAUGACAGAUUGACACACAUCACCAAGAGAACAGCCGAAAUCAGCAAGGAUAGCACAAUUAAACCAGAAGUGCUUUACGCAAAAGUUCAGAUGCUUCGUCAGCUGUAUCAGAACCUUAUAGCUCUGAGCAAGUCACGGAAAUCUCAGCUAGAAGAGGCUUUGAAGCUUUUUGAAUUCUUCCGUGACUGCAAAGAGGAAGAAUCAUGGAUCUCUGAGAAAUGGAAGCUAGCAAGAACAACAACAUUAGGGAAAGAUGUCAGCCAGAUUACAGCCUCUAUUCAGAAGCACAAGGCUCUUGAAGCGGAGUGCAACUCCCACAGGGCCGUGUGUGCAGAUGUGAUGAGGAGGGGCUGGGAUCUGAGCCAGAAGAACCCAGCGCACCAGGUGGACAUCCUGAGGCAGACAGACAACCUGCAGAAGUUGUGGCAGCAGCUUCAAGAUGAGGUGGCAGAUCGCAAAAGCCGCCUGCAGGCAGCAGCUCUCAUAAAACAGUACUUUGCUGAUAUCGAUGAAGCAAAUUCAUGGCUGCGAGAAAGGCAGCCCCUUCUGGCCAGCAAGGACUACGGAAAAGAUGAAUCGAGUGCCGAAGCACUUUUGCAUCGUCACUUGCGCCUGGAGAAGGAGAUUGCAGCCUACUCCUCUGAGAUGAGACGCCUGAAAGAGCAGGCUGAAAUUGCAGUACAGCAAGCUCCAGCUGCAAUGGUGAAGACUGAAGCCCCAAAUGACUUAAAUCAGAAGACAACUAAGUCACCAUUCAGUCGAACCUGGGCGACAUCUGAAACCACCAGUCCAGAUGUUCAUUUUCUUCCAGAGAACAUCUGGAAGACCCAAGAUGAAAUAGAUUCACUUUAUGAAAAUCUACAGAGCAUGGCUGAGGACAGAAAAAAGGCUCUGGAGGAGAUGAUUGGAUAUUACCGCUUCUGUAGCUCUUGUGAAGAAUUUCAGUCAUGGAUGAAAGAUAAAGAGAAUAUUUUCCGGACUCUUCAGCCUCAAGCAGACAAUGUGGAGGUUGUGCAGCAGAAAUACCAGAGCUUUUUAACAGAACUGGCUGCAGGCAAGGGCCAGCUGGGAGAUAUUGAAAACUUAGCUAUUAAAUAUGGAAAGACCAGUCCCAGCAAAUAUUCUGAGGUCCAGAUUUGGCUGGAAGAGAUCAACAGAAGGUGGGAACGCAUGGAAAUUCUGAAGGAGGAGAAAGGCUCCGAGCUGAUUGGUGUGGCUGAUGUGAAGAUGUUUCUUCAGGACUGUCAGAGCAUAGGAGUACUACUGCAAGACAAGAUGGUCCAACUCAGGGAUCUGGAACCAGGGAACUCAACUGCUGGGCUGGAGUCAGACAAGCGCAAACUCUUUACAGUUGAGAGAGAGGUCCUGGUGAUAGAGAGGAAAAUUGAAUACUUAAGGAGUGUUGCAAAAUCGAUUAAGGACACCAACCCUGCAGAGAGCAGGGCCAUCACUGAGCAGGUGGAGAACAUGGAGAGGCUUCUGGCAAAGCUCAAGCUGGAGACCCAAAAGAAGCGGGACAUUCUGCAGCGGGCCCAAAAUCAACAGUCCUUCCUGCAGGACAGCCGCAGGCUCCUGCUGUGGGCAGAAGGCAUUCAGGAGAAACUGAGCAGUGAAGAAAUGGGUGUGGACGUGACUUCUGCAGAGCAAUUACUGAAGGAACAUCAGGACCUGCUGAAAGAAAUUAGGUCUCAGAAAGAAAGAUUUGUGCAGCUGGAAGAGCUAGGGCGCAAAAUAAUACACGAACAACCCAGUAACGGCAGGACUGCAGAUGUGCACCAGACCAUGGAGAGGCUUGCCAAGGAGAACAAAGAGCUGGAGAAAAUGUGGGAACAGCGACAGAAAAAGCUGCAGGACGGCCUGGAAUUGCAGAUGUUCAAUAGGGAGGGAGACCGUAUAAAUGCAGCUCUGUCUGGCCACGAGGCCUUUCUCCGGGGUGAUGACCUUGGGGACCACGUAGAUGCUGUUCGCAGCCUGCUGAAGCAGCAUCAGGAAUUUGAGCAACUACUGAUGGCACUGAAGAGACGAGUUGAAGCACUUAAUGAAAAUGGGGCGAAACUAAUAGAGAGCAGGCACUUUGCAUCUCACAUCAUUAAAGAGAGAAUGGUCACCCUCCAGAGAAGGUGGGAGCGGCUGAUUCAAAGCAAUGCCAAAAGAAAACAGCAGUUGUUGGAUUCCCUAAAGCUGCAGGAGUUUAAUCGUGAUGCCGCUGAGCUUUUAAUAUGGAUGGAUGAGAAGUACAAGAUUGCAUCAGAUGAAUCCUAUCGUGAUCCAACAAAUGUUCUACGCAAACUGAAAUGGCAUGAGGCUGCUGAGAGGGAAAUGAUGGCUAAUGAGGAGCACUUUGCAACACUGAUAAAGAAAGGAAAUCAAAUGAUACAAGACAACCAUUAUGCUGCAGCUUCUAUCCAGAAGAAGAUGUCAGAGCUUCAAAAGAAGUGGAAGGAAUUGUAUGGCAAGAUGAUAGAGCGAGGUGACAAGCUGAGACAAGCUGGGCAGCAAGAACAGCUCAUGGAACUGCUCCAGGAUGCCAAAAAGAAGAUAGAGAAAAUUGAGAAAGUUCUUCAGGAAUCUGAGACAGGCCAUGAUUUGCGCUCCAGCCGUGACCUGCUCAAGCAGCACAGACAAUUGGAAAAUGAAACACGUGAGCUGGCAGAGAAAAUGAACUCUAUUGUAUCUCAUGCAAGGAAAAUGGCCACCAAUCACUUUGACUCCCAGAGGAUUCUGGAUGAAACACAAAAAUACCUGAAAAGGUUUGAGUCUUUGCAAGCACCUCUUGAUAAGAGGCGUAAGUUGCUGGAAGCUGCAGUGGAUCUCUAUGAGUUCUACCAUUACCAUGACAUGGAACUGAACUGGAUUAAUGAGCGAUUGCCUAUUGCCCAUUCCACCAACUGUGGGAAGUCCUUGGACGUGGCUCAAAGCCUGUUGCAAAAACACAAGGAACUGCAGGCAGAAGUGAAUGCCCACAAACAGCAAGUCCAGCGGGUCCUGGAUAAAGGAAAGACAAUGGUUGUAGGCCAGCACCCAUCAGCUCAGAAAAUAAGCGAGAAAUGCCAGGAGCUUGUGACUGCCUGGCAGGGCUUGGAGAAGGCCUGUGAGGCAAGGAUGAAGCAGCUGCAGCACUCAGUUGGCUUCCAGGAGUUUUUGAUGAAUACUUCAGACCUGGAGGCUUGGAUAGCAGAAAAAUAUCCACUUGUGACAAGCAAGGACUAUGGUAAGGAUGAAGAUGGAACACUGAAACUCCUCAAGAAACAUAAGGCACUGGAGCAUGAGAUUGCCAUUUACCAAAAUUUCAUGAAAGAACUGACUGAAAGUGCCCAAACUCUUCCUCUUGCCGGCUCCAUCCAAUAUAUUGAGGUGGAUGCACCAAAGGAACAAGUUCAUUCAAGACUCCAGGAGCUGCAGGAACUAGCAACAAAAAGAGGGAAGAAGCUGGAUGAGACUCUUGUCUUGCAUGAGUUUCUACGAGAAUAUGAAGAUCUGCAAGACUGGAUCACUCAGAAGAAACAAGCAGCCAGCUCUGAAGACUAUGGAAAUGAUUAUGAACAUGUCUUGCAACUUCGUGCCAAAUAUGACACAUUCCGACACCAGUUGGAAACAGCUGGGAAAAGAGUUGUGGCUUGCCAGCAGCUGGCAGACAACUUGCUGAACUGUGGGCAUUUCGAGUCUCGGGAAAUUCGGCAGAAGCAGAAAGAACUAAGAAAUUCCUGGGAGGAGCUGUUGGAAAUUACCAGGUUACGAGGUGAGCGGCUGAGAGAUGCUGAGGUGAUUCACAAGUGUUACCAAGAUCUGACAGAUGCUCUGGCCCAUAUUGAGGAGAAGUCCAAAAGUAUUCCAGAUGAUGUUGCUAAGGAUAUGAGAGGUGUGCAAACCCAGCUCCGGAACCAUGUGGCCCUGGAGCAUGAGCUCUCUGGGAAUGAGCAGCAGCUGCAGGAGCUGAUUCACUCUGCAGAUCAUGUCCUGACCCAUUGCUCAAAGAAGCAAGUGGAAGACCUGAAAGCAAAGCAGCAGGCAAUAGUGACCAACUGGAAGGCCUUGAAGUCUAAAGUGGGACUGCGCAAGAAACUUCUGGAACAAGCAUACAAGCUUUACCAGUUUCAGGCACAUGUAUGGGACUAUUUCUCAUGGACAGCAGAAAUAAUAAGAGAAAUGAGAGCCAAGGAGACUGUUCGGGACAUAUCUACUAGCAGCUUGAGACUUACCCAGCAUCAACAGCUACUGGCAGAGAUUGAAGCACGAGAAGAGAAAUAUAAUAAUGUCGUACAGCUAGGACAGUCACUCUUGCAAGAUAAGGAAAUAGAACCAAAAGAGAUUCAGCAGAAGCUACAGGCUCUGUUGGAAGAGAAGGAAAAUGUAUACACUGAAUGGAAACAGAAGAAGGAGUGGCUGGAGAAAAUACACAAAGAACAAAUGUUCUACAAGGACUGGGAUCACCUGGACAUGCUCCUGCAUUCACAGGAGAUUUAUUUGAAAAGCAGUGAUCUCGGAAGCUCUGUGGAUGAAGUAGAGCAACUAAUAAGGAAACAUGAGGCUUUUGAGAAGGUUAUGGCAUCACAGGAUGAGAAGAUGAUGUCUCUUCAAGAACAGGCAAGCAGGCUGGAAAAGUUUGGUGGACUGGAAGGGCUGAAGAUCCAGCAGAAACUGAAUGCCAUUCAGGAGAGGAAGCAGCAGAUCAAGAAUCUGUCUCAGAGUAGGAGGGAGAAGCUGCAGACCGCGCUUCUUCUGGCACUUUUCUACCAGAACUUGGAAGAGGCAGAAGACUGGAUCAGUGAGCGCACACAGAAGCUGGAGGAUCCUUCCAUACAAGACCUCAGCAAUCUGCAGGACAAAAUGAAGCUGUUGCAGAAACAUCAGGUCUUUGAGGCAGAGAUUCUGGCAAAUGAAGAAAUCAUCACAGCUGUUAAUAAGAAAGGAGAAGCCCUGUUAUCAAGAGGCCACCCAAAAUCAGGAGAGAUCCGUCAUCGAGUCCGCAUGCUUCAGGAGCGUUGGGAGAAGUUGAAGAGAGCUGUUGCUGCCCGUGGAAAGAUGCUGGAGGACAGCCGGGACUUCCUGGAAUUUCUUCAGAAGGUGGACCAGGUGGAAGCGUGGAUCAGGGAGAAGGAAGUCAUGAUUAAUGUAGGUGAUGUGGGAAACGACUAUGAACACUGCCUGCAGCUCAUGAAAAAGCUGAAUGAGUUCCGUGGAGCAACAUCAGGGGAGACAACAGUUGAUGAUGCUCACAUCAGGGCUAUCAAUGCCCUGGCCAUGAAACUGGAGAGACAGAACAAGGAAGAGACAAAGACAAUAUAUGAGCGCCGGAAGCAGCUCAAUGAGAAGUGGAACAGUUUCCAUGGUAACCUGAACGCAUACAGGAAGAAGUUAGAGGGAGCCCUAGAGAUUCACGCCUUAAUCAGAGAAAUUGAUGACAUCACAGAGAGAAUUACUGAGAAGAGUGUACUGAUACAAGCACUGGAUUAUGGGAAAGAUGUGGAAAGUGUGGAAAACCUGAUUCGAAGGCAUGAAGAGAUGGAGAGGGAAAUCAGUGUUAUUAAGUCCAAAAUGGAGCCAUUGGAAUUGGAAUCUUUCCGCCUUUCGACAAGGAAUCCAUCCAUAAAUGAAAAACUGACUAUGAAGCAACAGGAGAUGAAAAACAACUGGCUACGACUCCAGGGACAGGCCAAACAAAGGAAGGAGAAACUGGCAGCCUCGUAUCAGCUGCAGAAGUUUAACUUGGAGAUGAAGGAGAUGCUAGAUUGGACCCAGAACAUCAGAGGCUUAAUGGAAACAGGGGGGCUUCCUAAAAGUGCAAAUGAAGCGGAAAGCAUGAUUGAGGAGCACCAGGAGAGAAAGGAGGAGAUUGAAGCACGAGUGGAAAGAUUCAACUCUCUCAGUAACUAUGGUCAAGAACUUGCCAAUUCUGGUCAUUACGCAUCCUCUGAGAUUCACCAGUCCCUCUCCAGACUACAGAAAGCCUGGUCUGAAUUGGUCCAAGUGUGGCAGGAGCAAUAUAUAAAACUGCUUCAGGCACAAGAUUUACAGAAAUUCUAUGGCUACGUGGAACAGACUGAGAGCUGGCUCAGCAGCAAAGAGGCUUUCCUAGCCAAUGAGGACUUAGGGGACUCAGUGUCUAGUGUGGAGAGCCUACAGCGGAAGCACGCACAGUUUGAAAAAGCCCUGGAAGCUCAGAUGGAGAAAAUUGAUGAGAUGGCUUCAUUUGCUCAGCAGCUAACUCAGAACAAGCAUUAUGACUCGGACAACAUCACCAACAGAUGCCAGGCUGUUCUGAGGAGAAAAGAGAAACUGCUGGAGAAUACUGCUGCUCGCAGACGUCUGCUAGAGGAAUCAAGGCUUCUACAGAAGUUGCUGAGGAAUUCCUUUGAGGUGGCUGCCUGGAUCAAUGAGAAGAAUAGCAUUGCCCAGGAUGAUAGCUGGAAGGAUCCAAGCAAUCUGCAGACCAAACUGCAGAAGCACCAGACUUUCCAAGCAGAGAUCAUGGCCAAUAGAAACUGCCUGGACUCCAUCAAAUCUGAAGGGGAGAAGAUGCUCCGUGAGAAGCACUAUGCCCCUGAAGCCAUUCAGUCCAGACUACAAGAAAUGGAAGAGCUAUGGGAGGAACUGCUAGCAAGUUGCCAAGAUAAACAGGCCAAGCUGCAGGAUGCUUAUAAGGGCCUUCAUUUUCAGCGAAGUGUAGAGGAUAUGGAGAAAUGGUUGGAAGAUGUGGAAAAUGAGUUGAAAGCACCAUAUAGCAACAAUGAUCUGGUGGUUUUGAACAGCCAUCUGAAGAAACAAGAAGAACUGGAGGAAGAUAUUGCUGGUCAUAGGGACCGGCUGCAAGAGCUUGUGGUCACAGCUCAGCAGUUCCAAAAGGAAAAGCAUUUCCUUGCUGAUGAACUAGAAGAGAGAGUGGAUCAACUGGUGCAGAGAUACAAAAGUCUACGUGACCCUUUGCAGGAGAGACGUGGGAGUCUGGAGGCAAGCAGACUUCAAUUCCAAUUCUUCCGAGAUAUUGAUGAGGAAUUGGCUUGGGUUCAUGAGAAGCUCCCCAUGGCUUCCUCCAGGGAUUAUGGCCAUUCCCUGGCAGCUGUUCAGAGUCUACAAGAAAAGCACCAGAAUUUGGAGAAUGAGAUAAGCAGUCGGGAUGCUUUAACCAAGGCAGUGCUGAGUACAGGGCAGAAACUGGUACGGGGAGGCCACUCAGCCUCUCGCAAGAUUACGGAGCAUAUGAAGAAACUGGAGACUUCUGUAGAAACAUUGAAAGCAGAGGCUCAAGACAGGAGACAGCGGCUCAUGCAGUCAUACGAGGCCCAUCUGUUCCUAAAUGAGCUACUGGAGGUGGAGGCAUGGCUGGCAGAGAGGAGCUUCAUUCUGGAGACCUCUGAUUAUGGGAAGAAUGAAGAAUCCACACAAGUUUUACUUCGUAAACUUGAAGCUACCAAGCUGGACAUGGAUGGUUUCAGGCCCCGGAUUGAGAAAGUACAGGAGACAGGUGCCAGCUUAAUAAACAAAGGCAGCCCAGAGAGUCCAGCCAUACUUUCAAAACUCCAGGGGAUCCUAGCAGACUAUCAGUCUCUGCUACAGAAGGCUGAGACCCGGAGAAAACACCUGCAAGAACAGUUCCAGCUCUAUCAGUUUGAAAGAGAAUUCCAGCUGGUGGAUGCAUGGCUUUCCAGUAAACAGUCUGUGGCAGAGUCUGACGACUAUGGGCAGGACUUAGAUGAUGUUGAGGUGCUGGAGAAAAAGUUUAAAGAUUUUGUAAAUGAGGUGAAACCUCUGGGACAUUCCAAAGUUAUCUCCUUAAAUGAGUUAGCAUCUAAACUAGAGAAGGAGUUCCACAGCAAGAUGGACAUUAUCCAAAAGAGAACGAAGCAAAUCAAUGAGACAUGGGAGAAGCUCUGUCAUGCCAUCCAGAUGAGGACAGAGAAUCUAACAGCAGCCCGGCAUGUUCACCAGUAUGAUCAUGAUGUGGAUGAAGUAAAGGGAUGGAUGCAGGAGAAAGAGGCAGUAGUGGAUAUAGAAGAUUAUGGAUAUGAUCUUCCAGGUGUACAGACACUUCUCAGCCAGCUUGAGGGAGUAGAGAGAGAUCUAGGAGCCAUCAUGAAAGAGCUGGAACGGAUUCGGGGAGAAGCUUGGCACCUCAGCCGCACAUACCCUCAAGUCAAGGAAAACAUCAUGGAAAGACUGACAGAUGUAGAUGAGUGCUGGGAAAACCUGGGCCAGAAGUUUACAGAGAGGAAAGCAAGACUGAGCCAGGCAGAACAAGUACAGCUCUACUUCAACGACUGCAGGGAGCUCAUGGCCUGGGCCAAUGAGAUGCAUGCACUAGUGAUAUCUGAGGAACUGGCCAAUGAUGUCCUGGGAGCUGAACUGCUUAUCAAGCGUCAUGAGGAAUACAAGCGUGAGAUAGAGAAGCAGUGGCUAAAAUAUGAAGAAAUGCAGCGGGCAGGAGGUGACCUGAUGAAGAAUGGGCAUUUCAUGUCUGUGGAGAUUGAAGAAAAAUUGUUAGAACUGUCAGAGCUGAUGAAGAAGGUAAAGGAGAGUUGGGAUAUGAGAAAAGAGUUAUAUGAAGAAAACUGGGAGAUUCAAUUACUCCGCAGAGAGCUAGAACAAGCAGAAGCAUGGCUGGUUGCCAAGGAGAGCUUUCUUUCAGACCCUAGCUAUGGGGAUUCAGUGUCUGAAGUAGAAGAAUUACUGAAGAAACAUCAUGAUUUUGAGAAAAUGCUUGCAGCUCAGGAAGAGAAAUUUGCACAUCUCAGCAGAAAAACUAAGAGGGAGAUGAAUCUUCUUAAACAAGUGGACACAGAAGAGAGUGAGCAGAAGGAUAAAGGCAAAGUUGUGCGAGUUCCUUCUCUGAAAAGAAAAACAUCUGACAAAAGGAAUACACCGCCAAAAGUGACAGAGAUGAAGAGCACAGCACCACUGCCAUCUGUGCCCUUACCCAGCUUAUCCUUGAGAUCCCCACUUGAAACUAUUUUCUCCCCCAUUGAAAAGUCUCCAUCAACAUUUCAACAAUUCAUUGCUGGAGGAGACCCAAAAGUGCUGAGCAGCAACAAAACAGAAACAAGAGCUGAGAGAAGGCUCAGUGAGAUUAUCACUCAACCUACACCAAGGACAGUGGGUCCACGCACUACAUCUGUGGAAAGUCGCAGUUCUUUAAGCUCUCCUUUAUCUCCUACUCCUACAAGCCAGCAACGCAGCAGCAGUUUGUCAGAAUCGUAUGCCACAGGCCUUUUAUCACCUCAGGAAAAAAGUGCUAGGGGCUCUGCUUUCUCCAACCAGCAGACAAAACUGAUGGCAACUCCACCUGAACCUCAUCAAAAGUCACUAAAUAAAUCACCAAACUUACUGCUGUCUAACUCCUCUCAGGAGAAAUUAGAGAGUACAUCUUCGGUUUCUGCAAGUCUCCAGCACAUGGAGGGAUUCCUAGAAAAGAGAGACCAGCUCCUCCCAGGAAGACAACAGCCAGCCUCAAGGUCUUGGAAAUCCUUCUACGUAAAACUUGAUGGAUUAAAGCUUGAUUUCUAUAACGAUGAAAAAGAAGCAUCGAAGAACAUAUUCACGCUCCUGUCCCUCAGCAUUCCUGGUGCCAAAUGUGAGAGGCUGGUAAAUUACAGCAGGAAAGAGAACGCCUUCAUGUUGAGGCUGAGAGAUGGGGCAGAGUAUUUCUUUGCAGCACCUUCUCAGACACUGAUGGAGGACUGGCUGCAGGCACUACAGAACAACACAGGACACAGUAACAGACCACAUUCCACAGUGAUGCUGCCGCCUAUCACUCCAAACACAGAGACCUCCCAGACAAAACGGUGGGACUUUCCGGACAGAGACUCUGCUGAAAGACUCACCAGCAAGGGCUCACUCCUGAGGAGAACACCUUCCUUCAAAAUCAAACCGGAGAGAGAGUCUGCAGAAUUUUCCAGGGAUUUUAAGGAAGAUGGAGCUGCAGCGGCACGAGCCUCCAUCACCACCCUCAGCCUAGAACAAAGUGGUAAUAAAACAAAACUGCUGCCAUCUCUACUAGAAGCAGGAAGAGAAAAAUAACAUUUGCCUGAAUGAAUAUCAGACCCUUCACCAUUGUAUCUUAACCCAGCCCUCUGGAAAUUUAUUGAUAUGUUUUAAGUUAAUCACCACCCUUGGAAUUUAUUUUAAUUAUGUAUUAAAUCUAGUAAAGCCAUUAAAAAUAAUUAAACAGGACUGCAUCUGUUAUA